UGGUUUUGCGCUGCUCAUACAGUGUGGACAUUGGCAGUGGUCUCAAAUUGAAGCCUUCUGACUCUGAGUUCCCAUUUUCUCUCUAAGGUUCGAUCGCUUCUCUCUUUAACUUUUUUUCUUUUACCUUUCACAAUCCAUUAAUCCAUUUUCAUCCGUCCAUUAAUUCUUCUUCCCUUACGCAUUUUACACGCUUUUUUUCGAAUUAUUAAUGGCUUGAAAAUCGUUGGUUUCUACAUAAGCUUCGUGAAUUCUCUCUGCCGGGUGUGGUGGAAAAAGUGAAAUAUGGCAGAAGUGAGUUUGGGAAUUCUGAUUGAUAUUGUUGACGAAGAAUGGAUGAGAGACACUCUCCCGGAUGAUGAUCUCCCACUCUCCCCAACCCUAGUUGUUCGGACAGAUGAUACCGAGGACCCAAAUCAGGAGACACAAGAAGUUAAUGCGGAUGCUUGGCACGAUCUUGCCUUAGGCCAAGAAUAGAAAGUUGAUUAGUUUCAUGCUUUGGAGUAGGUUUGAGACAAUGAUGCUUCUUGUUACUGAACUACGUGCCAUCCUUCCUAUUUCUUGGAUAAAUUUUAUGCUUCAAUUUUAUGAACCAGUUCAUGUGAUGUCAUUGCCCAUGGAUUGCUGUCACUAGAAGUACCUUGUAUAGUUGUAUUGCCGGUUAAUAGAAACCAGCACUUGAUAAUGCAUUUUGGCAUGUUUAUUAGAUUUUUUGUUCAAGUAAUAUCUUUAAUAAAGUAAGCAGAAAAUAUUGUAUCUU